AUGCACAGAACUUAUUCAUUGAGGUCGCAAAAGGCACCGACUGCGUCGCAAUUGCAGUCUCCUCCACCCCCCCCUUCUACUACUAAGUCCAAAUUCUUCGGUAAGGGAGGAAUUGCAUCUUCGUUCCGUAAAACUGUUGCCGGCAACACUGGCCCCGAGUUAUCGAGGAAGUUGUCGCAAUACAUCAAGAUGGAGAAGAAUGUUAUGAGGGCAAUCGAGUUGACUGCAAGAGAGCGUAGAGACGUUGCUAAACAAUUGAGUGCCUGGGGUGAGACCAACGAUGACGAUGUCUCUGACGUGACAGACAAAUUGGGAGUUCUUAUUUACGAAAUUGGUGAAUUGGAAGAUCAAUACAUUGACAAGUAUGAUCAAUACAGAAUCACUUUGAAAACAAUUCGUAAUAUCGAGUCGUCUGUCCAGCCAUCGAGGGAUAGAAAGCAAAAAAUUACUGAUGAAAUUGCGCACUUGAAAUACAAGGAUCCCCAAUCUCCAAAGAUCAACGUUUUGGAACAAGAAUUGGUCAGAGCUGAAGCUGAAUCCUUAGUUGCCGAGGCUCAAUUGUCAAACAUCACUAGAGAACAGUUGAAGGCUGCCUUCAAUUACUUGUUUGAUGGAACUAGAGAAUUGGCUGAAAAGUACGCUUUAAUUGCUGGUUACGGAAAGGCGUUGUUAGAAUUAUUGGACGAUUCUGCUGUUACUCCUGGUGAAACUAGGCCUGCUUACGACGGUUACGAAGCUUCCAAGCAAAUCAUAAUUGAUGCUGAAAAUGCAUUGGCUGCAUGGACAUUGGAUUCCGCUGCUGUCAAGCCUACUUUAUCUUUACACCAUGACUACGACAGAGAAGAGCCUGCUGAUUCUGAAUUAGAUGAAGCAGAACACGAGUUUGCGAAGCACGAUGAAGAUGAAGGCGUUGAAGCUAAGUAA